AUGCUUUCAAGAACGGCUAAUGUCUUAAGAAUUAUCAAUUUCUGUUUCCUAGUUAUUAUUACUGGGAUGAUUGGUAAAUUAAUUGAAAGUGAAAAAAGACCUCAUUCCCCAAGAGUGAAUUACUGUAUGUUUGCCGCACCUUUUGCAUUAGUAACAGAUUCCUUUUAUGCAAUUCCAGCUAAUUUCUGGCCAUCACCUUUUGCCUGGCCAAUUUUAUUAUGGUCAUUUGAUUUUCUAAAUUUCACUUUCACAUUUACUGCAGGAACAGUCUUAUCAGUUGGUAUAAGAACUCAUUCAUGUCUAAACAAGCAUUAUUUAUUCUCAAACAAAAUCACUCAAGGGUCUACUGAACGUUGUAGAUUGGCUCAAGCAAGUAUUGCCUUUUAUUAUUUCUCGUUUUUCAUUUAUUUGGUUCAAUUAGUGAAAUCAUCAUUAUUGAUGUGGGAAAAUGGAUUAUUUAAACCAGAGGAAAGAGGUGGAGCCUCUUUUAGAAAUUCAAGAAGAAGAUUGGCCACUCAGCAAAAUUCAGCUAUGCGUAGACGUGCAUUCCAGCAGAUUUAA